GAAGAAAUCAUAGAGGGAAGCUAUCUGAAUGCAUUUCUGGAUCUCAUACAGUUUCAAAGUGCCCACGGCUGGACAACUGACCUGUCCCACCAGGUGCUGGACUACCUGCGCUCCUGGAACGUUGCCUUCACCCUUCCCGGCCUGCAGGCAGCCAUGGAGAACCAUCUGCAACAGCGGUUGUACCAGCCCCAGAAGCUCCUGGAGGACCUCAGAAAGGCCGAUGCCCAGCAGUUCCGCACUGCCAUGAGAUGCCUCUUAGAGGAUAAGCAGCACCACUUGGACCUGCAGGACGUUGUCAUUGACUUGAGAGAGAUGCAGGAGCAAGCCCUGCAGAGCCCUGGGGUGAACCGCAGCCUCUUUCUCAUCACACUGGAGAGGUGUUUCCAGGUGCUGAGCUCCCUGGAGUGUGUGCAGAUCCUGGGCAGGGUGCUGAGGGGGUCCUCGGGCCGCUUGCUCCAGCCCGAUGUCACCGAGAGGCUGCCCCAGCACCUGCACGUGGAUGCCUUUAAGAACCUAUCUGCCGCCUUCAGAGACCUCUACGACCACGCCUCGGCUGGCGCCCGGAGAGCCGUCUACGCCUGGAUGGCCGGGAUCCUGCGCGCAUCCUCCAGCGCCACCGAUGACUCUGUUUCAUGGGUCAGUGCAGAAAACUUAUGGAUUUUGGGAAGAUACAUGGUUCACCUGUCAUUUGAAGAAAUUGUGAAAAUUAGUCCUGAAGAAAUCGGGCUGUUUAUCAGCUACGACAAUGCCACCAAGCAGCUGGACACAGUCUAUGACAUCACCCCAGAGCUGGCCCGAGCGUUCCUGGGGAGACUUAGCUCCUCCAGCUUCGACCCGAGGAACACCUCCACCAUCCACAGGCUGGGGCUGCUGGUUUGUUUCUACCAUGACCUGGAGCUCCUGGAUCCCGCAUUGGCCCGAGCCCUCCUCCACCAGAUGAUCAAGUGCGGCCGCCUGCGCGGCUUCCAGGCCGGAGUUCAGAAGCUCAAGGCUGACCUCCUGGACAUCGCCACCGAGAACCAGACCCUUAACGAGACCCUGGGCUCUCUGUCGGACGCGGUGGUGGCCCUGACCUCGCGCCAGCUGGAGGCGCUGUCCCCCGAGGCCGUGCGGGCCGCCGUCGCCACCCUCAGCCAGGUGCCGGGCUGGGCCCCGAGCCAGGCCACCAUCCUGUCUGCGAAGUUCUUGGCCCGGGAAGAGGUGCCGUCCUUGCACGACAUCAGCCAGAUGGGAGUGCUGCUGGUGGGCGUUGGCACCCAGGCCUUCCACGCCAUGGACCGCAGGGACCUGGUGCAGGUGCUGCGGAGCGCAGCCGGCCAGCUCAUGUCCCGCCUGUCGCCUGUCCAGCAGCACGGUGUCCUCAGCAAGCUGAGCGAGGCAGGAGACAGCGGCCCGGGCAUCGAGGAGCUGCAAGGGACCCUCUUUAAGGAAGUGUCGCUCUUUGAUUUGCGGAGAGAGCGCCUACUCAACUCUACGGUCCUGGAGGAAAAGGAGCUUCGGCGGAGCCAGGCCCUGUUUCUGUAUGAACUUCUGUCAAAGGUGACCGGAAGGCCCGAGGAGCUCCUGAGCACCGGGCAGCUGGUCAGCGGCGUGUCGUGCUCUCACAUCUACGCUAUGGGUGCCAGCGCCUUCCUGCUCCACUUCCGGCAUUUCGAGAACAAUCUCUCUCUGCUGUCUCCGGAUCAGGUUAACUGUUUGGCGUGGAAAUACUGGGACGUGUCCAGGUCGUCGAUGCCGCCAUUCCUCCUGGUCGCACUUCCGGCCCGCUUCCUGGCUUCUGUCCCCACCUCCCAGUGUGUGCCCUUUCUGAUCAGCCUGGGGAAGAAUCAGCUGGACUUCUUGGUUUUAGAUUCUCACAAGAAGGAUUUGGUCCUUAAGAAAGUGCGGCAGUGCCUGGACAACUCCAAUGCUGAUGAGUACAUUGUGGACAUCGUGGGAAACCUGCUCUGUCACUUACCGGCGGCCUUUAUUGAAAGAGGGAUCUCCCCCAGGGCCUGGGCCACCGCUCUGCACGGCCUCAGAGACUGCCCAGCCCUCGGCCCUGAGCAGAAGGCUGCAGUGAGGCUCCAGCUCCUGGAGCGCUGCGGACGCCCGCAGAACUGGACAGCAGAGGCUGUGGAGGACAUGGGACCUUUUCUCCUGCUCUUCUCCAGGGAUGAACUACAUUCUGUUGCCACAAAGUUUCCUGAUAUUCUCCAACAAACCGCUGCUCGGAUGGUUGGGAAGCAGCUCCCUGAGGAGUUUCUCUGGGCUGUCUUUGAGUCUGUUCGGAAGAGCGGCGGUGAGAGCCCUGGCUUCCGCCUCGGCCCUGGUUGCCAUGGGGUCCCUGCCCCUUCUGCUGAGGAGAUCCUGCAGCUGGCCGAAGCGAAUGCGUGCUGGACCCCCGCGGACCUCCUCUGCAUGGGAGAAGAUGCGUUCCUGAGGAGCGUGGAGCUGCUGGGGGCUGUCAGGAGCUUCCGCUGGCCUCAGCUGGUGGCGCUGAAGGAGAAGGCAAUUCAGGUUUGGGACGCUCCUUUCCACUGGAGACAGCACCACGUGGUCUCCCUGGGGAGGAUCGCUCUGGCGCUCACUGAGGCUGAGCUAGAUCAGCUGGACCUCAGCUCCGUGGACACUGUGGCCUCUCUGAGCCGCCAGACAGAGUGGACCUCAGCACAGGCCAAAUCCAUCCUGCAAGGGUUCCUACAGGAUUCAGGCCGCGGCAUCCAAGAUCUGAAGAGCUUUCACUUAGUAGGACUUGGUGCCACUCUGUGUGCUAUGAAUGCCACCGACAUCCCACUUAUAAAGAUCUCAGAAUUCAGAAGGGUGGUGGCCAGAAUUGGGAAAUUACUCUGCAGCAACCACAUCUUGGCUGAAUUUAAGAGGAAGGCAGAAAUUGUGUUUGGGAAGCCCACUGAAUGGACCAGCUCUGUCUUGCAAGAACUUGGGACAAUUGCAGCUGGAUUAAGUGAGGCAGAGCUCCGAAUGCUCGACAAGGAAUUGAUGCCGUAUUUUCAGCCGUCAGCAAUAAAAUGCCUUCCUGAUGGGGUGUUCAAAGCGCUGUCCGUGGAGCAGAUCGCGUCCCUGGGACCUGGGAACGCGGCGGCCGUCACGCUCGCCCAGAGCCGGCAGCUCAGCGCGCCGCAGCUGCACGGCCUCCAGCGGGCGCGAGACGGCGCCAGGCUCCUCUCCCGGGAGGACGCGCCCUGGAGCGCCGGGCCCACCCCGGCGGCCGCCGCCGCGUGCACCCCGGCUUCCCGCAAGCAACUCUCGCUCUAG